CAUUUCCAAGUUUGGAUGUGUUCUUGCUCAUAAAAACCCCUUAAUCUUAAUUAGUAUAUCUGAGCACGGUGAGAUUUUUGUAUAAUAUUUUUUUUUUAGGGUUUGUGGGUUUUAGACAUUUUUCUGUGAAAGCAUUAAUUUUUGUAUGAUUUUUUAUUGUGGGUUUCGAUUAUUUGGUUAUUAAUUUGGGUAUUUGAGCUGCUGGAUGCUCGGAGCGGGAAUCUUUUCUGCCCAUUCCUCUAAGGCAGUCCGCCCUAGCCAUAUUCCAUUCGGGAUCUUUUUCUGAUGGAGUUUGUGAUGUUUUGCGAAUAGGGUUGAAAUCCAUUGGCUUGAACACAAUGGCAUCAUCAACAGUAUCCAGUAAUUCCCGGGGAUCAAAGUCUAAUAGCAAUAGUAGUUUGAGGGCUCCGACUGCAACACACAGCAGCAGCGAUGGGGAGGAGAAGCGGCACCAGGUGAUGUAGAACCUAUUCGGUGAUCAAUCUGAAGAGGAAGAGGAAGAGGUCGAUUCCGAACACGAGUCCAAUCCGCAGCCCAGUUUUUACAGGGCUGUAACAAGAUUAUCUAUUGUGCUACUGCACUUUCUACUAUCAGCGGAGACCUCUACAGGGUUGAUCAAAGAGGGGUCUUCAAUCUUACUAAAGCAUUUCAGGACUACAACAACAAAAUGGCGCAAUUACGAGCUGGAAAGAGUAGCAAGAGCAAACUUACAAUUGUAAAGUUCAAGACUUCGGAGUCAGUGGAUGGAUGGGAAGUUUGUCAUGGGACUUCCUUUCAGGAUGCGGUUGCUUCUAAGUAUGAUGGAGGAAUGGAUGCCAAGUUCGAAUGCACUUUCACCGGAGAUGCUGUUUCCUCCUGCAAGAGAAAGACUAAAGUGGGGUUUUGAGGUGGAUGAUGCGAUCUGGGCUGCUGAAAAUGCCACAUUGAAAGCGGAGAUGAGUGGAAAGAAGCUAAUGCACUCAUGGAACAACUUAAGCUCAACCCUCAGCUUCAGACGUUUCAAGCGUGGCUUUGGGAUUCUGCAACUUGUAUUUAAACAGGGGAGUCCACGAAUCCCUUCUGGCAGUGAAGUUAGAUUAAGACAAUUCCUGAUCUCCAAUGUAGAAAGACGAGGAAAAGAAGGCAACGACAGAUUUUCCGUUGAUGAAGAAGAAGAAGCACUGUUAUGAGUGUGGGCCCUCCACCAUCCCUUCAGAACAGGGCAAUUGUAUAACUUGAGUGUCUCCAGGGAGGGAAAGAAUGGGAUCCUCAUCAUCUCAUCAC